CACAGUCCGUUUAGAUAAGCAAAAUGUCUAAAAAGGAAAGUUCUCCAAAACCUUCGUUGACGACAGUGACGGACUGACGGUAAUGAACCAUAAAUCAGAUUAGGAUUAAAUUAAUUCGACCAUGCUUAUUCUGCCAAAAUUGACUACCGCUCCACACCCAUUUCCACCAGUUUUUUUCAUCUCAGCCCCCCACCGGCCGCCGUGUCUGAGCAUCAGCGACACCUUCAUCAACUUUAGUAGCUUUACUGCGAACAAGAGCAGCAAAGUAACUACUCUAGUUUGCAGAGCAUCAGUCCCGAAAGCUCAAUCUGAAUCAGCCACCUCUGCUUUCUCCGCCGAUUCCACAACUAUGGUGAAGGCUAUCAGAAUCUACGAACUUGGCGGUCCAGAGGUCGGUCCAUAGUUUCAUUUCGAUGAUCUUUUGUCAUCUCUUAUAACUCCGUCAUACAUUUUUUUGUGGCAAUUUUGAAUUUGGUAGAAUCCUUUCUGGAUAUUUUUAUGUGAUAUUUUUUUUGGGGGGGCUAGUUGAGUAGUUUCCUAAUUCAUUUAUGAAUUUUGUGCUUCGUAUCAAUAUGGCAACUGUUACCGUUAUGAGGAUAUAAUUGCAUUUGUUGAGCUUGGGUCUAAGCAUUGGGUGGCUAUCCCUACCAUUGGUGCUAAGUUAUGGUUUUGAGGGAUGAAUUUAUAUCUCUGCUAAGGACGUAUUUGUGUUGUGAUUGUAGGUCAUGAAAUGGGAAGAUGUGGAGGUAGGAGAGCCAAAGGUAGGAGAGAUUAGAGUGAGAAAUGAGGCCAUUGGCCUUAAUUUCAUUGAUGUGUAUUUUAGGAAAGGAGUUUAUAAGGCAGCCACAUCACCUUUUACUCCAGGGAUGGAAGCAGUUGGUGUUGUGGUGGCUGUGGGGCCUGGGGUGACUGGUCGGAAAGUGGGAGAUCUCGUGGCCUAUGCUGGUAAUCCAAUGGGUGCCUAUGCAGAAGAGCAGAUAUUACCAGCUGAUAGAGUUGUACCAGUCCCUUCUUCCGUUGAUCCCAUCAUUGCAGCAUCGGUAAUGCUUAAAGGAAUGACCGCUGAAGUCUUACUUCGUCGCUGUUUUAAGGUUCAACCUGGACAUACCGUUCUUAUCCAUGCAGCGGCAGGUGGAGUCGGGUCUCUGUUAUGUCAGUGGGCGAGCGCACUCGGUGCAACUGUUAUCGGAACUGUUUCAACUCAAGAGAAGGCAGCCCAAGCAAAAGAAGAUGGAUGUCACCAUACCAUUAUAUAUAAAGAUGAGGAUUUUGUAGCUCGUGUUAGCGAGAUUACAUCGGGGAAGGGAGUUGAAGUUGUCUACGACUCUGUAGGAAAAGACACCUUGGAGGGAUCAUUAGCAUGCUUAAAAAUGCGCGGUCAUCUGGUCAGUUUUGGACAGUCAUCUGGAACACCGGACCCAGUAGCUUUGUCUGUUCUUGGAGCAAAAUCUCUCACUUUGACAAGGCCUUCUAUGAUGCAUUAUACUUCAACUCAAGAUGAGCUGCUGGAAUCUGCAGGAGAAGUAUUUGCAAACAUUGUUUCAGGUGUACUUAAGGUGCGGGUAAAUCAUACAUAUCCCUUAUCUGAGGCUGCCCAAGCUCAUGCUGAUAUUGAAAGUCGAAAAACAUCCGGUUCUGUUGUUCUUAUCCCAAAUAGUGUUGCUUAAUACGCACAUGGUGGUGUCUUGUUCAUUUUAGCUGUGCCUUUGAUGUCUGUAUGAAGCAAAGUUAGAAUAUUGAAUGUGUUGACAGUUUCAUUACAUUCUUACAGCAUAUCUGCUUAAGCAAAUCCUGUUUAUGUGAAGUGAGGACUGAUGUAUCUUAAGUCCAAAUGUUCAAUUAAACUAUUUGGACAACUAGGCCUGUUCAUUGGUUCGGGUUGUACCCGAACCGACCGACCCGAACUUCAUUUAUUAAGUUCGGUUAAAUGAAAUUCGGUUCUUUUGGUUUCAAUUUAACAAAACCGAAAUGAAAUAAACACCCGAAUUUGGCACUCCCUAGUUUCCAUUGUCACCCGAAUAUUCAAUCUCUCAUGAUCCUCAGCCUCUAAAUCCAAUCGCCGGCGACCUUCCUCACACUCUCAUUAAUCGAAAUUCAAUCUGAGAUGGAUAAAUCCGAGAAGAAUCCGACGGCUCAUCCAUCAAUUGCACAUUCCCUUCUCAGCAACUCUCGCUCUGACUGGCGACGGUACGGCUCUUCGGCGAUUCGACGGUGCCCUUCAAAUAUUCAGAAGCGUACUAACUUCCAUUAGUAGACGUUUCAGUGGUGGACAUUUUAGUGAUUGGCUUUUCCAGUUGAGGGUGUUGCCGGACUGCAGCCAUCUCUUCCAUUUGAAAAGCGUUGACCUUUGGUUGCGCCUCCAUCCCACUUGCCCGGUUUGCCGGACUUCGCCAUUGCCGACGCCGCUUUCCACCCCUUUGACGGAGGUUGUCCCCCUUGCCACCAGACCUCUCGGCUAAUUAAGUAACUAGUUCCACCAGGCCGGUUAGGGAUUCAUGAAUUUCUGCUUCUUUAUUCUUCCUCCCCUCUCCAUGUAAGAGAUGGAACCAGAUUUGUAGGUUCUCCUCUUUUUCCCCUUUUUUCAAUUAUAUCUUUUGAUAAUUACUGAUGUAGUGAUAUUAAUUGUUACUAUGGAUAUUAGAAUUCUUCAUUCCAAUGGUGGACAUUUUGGU